CGCACGGCUGAGUGCAGACUCGGGUGAGGGUGCCCCCGCAGCAGACGCGGUUGCCACAUCGUGGCGAGGGGAGCAGUUGGCUCAAGGGCCCAAUCGGCCGCUUUUCGGCACGGCAGCCGCGCGGCAUCCGAGGAAGAGAGGAGCUGCCAGGAAGCAGCAUGGCGCGCCUCUGGUGGGCGGCAGCCCGGGCGCUGCUGGUGGUGGCGUGGCCGCGGCUCGAGCUCACCGCGGCGCACGACGCCGCUGGCUUGCCGUCUGCCGGCGAGCCGUCGGGAGGCCGGCACCGCGGGGCCCACGAUUAUCCGUACGACGCCGGGGCUGCAGCGGUGACCGGCGCUGCGGAGGAGUUGGCGAUGCUGUCGAGGCCGUCGAGCCGGCCGAGCAGGGAGCGCGACACGAAGCGUGGCCAGGAGACGCACUACCCGUACGCCGAUCUCAUAUCCGAGGCGGUGAGCUACUGCUAUGCCAGGCUCGUCCACUCCCCGGACUGCUGCAUAGACGAGCGCUUCGCACCGGGCGUCCGCAGCAGAAGCGUCCGCCGGCCAGGGACGGAGUGGCAUUGUGACAAGAAGCGCUGCUGGGACUCCGUGAAGGGACGCCGAGGCGACGACCUGCUGUGGACGCCUGAGGGCGCGACGUGCGCAGCGCCGCGCGUGCUGUUCAUCCACGGCGGCAGUUGGCAGUAUGGCUCGCCGAACACCCUGGGCUACGCGCAGGUCGGCUCCAAGCUCGCUGCGGCCGCAGGCGCGGUGGUCAUGCUCAACGACUACCCGCUUAACCCCAUGGGGAACUAUUCGCGGAUCGUCAAAUCCUCCCUCGAGACCCUGCACUGGCUCGCCGACCACGGCCCCGACGGCCGCCCAUGCGCCGCCGCAGCGCCACUCUUCGUGGCGGGCGAUUCGGCUGGCGGCGGCACAGCCCUGUCGCUGGUUCUGGAGCUCGCCCGCCUGCGGGGCACUCUCGGGCGCAGCGGGAGGGGGCUGGCUGGGGCCUUCUUCUGGAGCCCUUGGACGAACCUGAAGUGCAACACGCCAGAGUACUACUUCAACGCCUUUGCGAAGAUCAUGGACAAGCGCGAGGGCGCUGGCUUCGUGGGGGACAUCAUGUUUCAGGGGCGCCCGAGCCAGAACCUGGGCUGGUUCACCGCAAACGCCCGGAGCUACGUGGGGAACAACGAGUCCCUGCUCACGGACCCCAUUGCCUCACCCUUCCACGCCGACGGCAAAUACCUGUCCGGGCUGCCGCCCCUGUACUUCGCGGUCGGGGGUUCAGAGUCGAUCUUGGGCGACAGCGUCUCGGUGGCCCAGAGGGCCGCUGUGGAGGGCGUGGACGUGCACCUCGACAUACACGUGGGCAUGUGGCACGUGUUCCCGAUGUAUUCCGAGGGCUGCGGCAGUGGCCGCGAGCUCCGUCAAGGAGUGCACGCGCUGAACAUGACGGCCAGGUUCAUCCGCCACGUCUCGGAAACCGGCGUUCCGCCGUACAGGGUGAUCUUGCAGGCAUCUCCCCUGUCGGCAACCGCUAGCGGCGCUGUCGGCAAGAUGCCCUACACCAUGGUCAACUACGACCCUUUCGACCCGGCGGAAGCAACGCUCAAGGGGGACGGCGAGAAGUCCAUGGCCUCCUGGACCCUCGAGGCGAUGCCGAGCGGCCCGGAGGCCGGCAGCUCGCACGCAGUGCUGGCCGGCUGCCUCGGCACCCUUGUGGUCCAGGCGGCUGCCUACGGCCUCGGAACCGCGUGGCGCUCGGCGCGCGCGGCCCGCGUCGCUCCACGACACGCCGCGCUGCGCCCCUCUCUCCUCGAGGGCAUGGGGGGCCCCGCCCGGCCGUAGGCGGGCGGCCCGGAGCGGCCCUCCUCCCGCCGCGCACCUGCCGGCCCGUGGCCCCAGCGGGCGGCGGGGUGGCCGCUCCGCCCAUAUGGGGUGCGGCGCCCCCGGCCCCCUGGGCAGUGGCCCGGCGGGGCGGCGAAGGCACGCGGAGCCAGGGCUCGAGCUCUGCAGCGGCCGCUGCGGCCGCCCCGCCCGUUUGAAUUUUCUGGCGCUUCCGGGGCGGAGGUGCGCGGGCGCCUGCAGGAAGGGGUGUCCGGUGGGGUCCAGGCUUUUCGCUCUUCCAGUCCCAGCCGGCUCUGGUGCCACCCCGAUGCACCACCACUGCCCCCGCCUUCUCCUUUGUGGACCCACCACCUCCCCCCUCCCUUGCCCCCUCCAUCCCCCGUCCCCCACUCCGAGCUCCUAUCCCUCCCUCUCCGCGCCCACCUACUCUCGCAGCCGCCCUCCCUGCCACCUCCCUGCCCGGCCUGGGGCGUGCUGCGUCAGGGGGGAUGAGGGAAGAAGAGGCCGAGAGCUGCUGGCGUCGAAACAUGCAGGAAUGCGCGCUCUGGCGUGGAUACGCUUGGAACAUCGAAAGGCGUCGUAGCCAUUCCGCCUCUUCGAACGGAGGAGCGAUGAGCU